CAUUGAAGUUGAAGUUCCUGUGGUCCAUUUUCUCUUCGCUAUGUAACGGACCGCUUGAAGUUGCACUGUCUUUGUCAAUUGGUCAUGAGAUCAAUGCGUCCAGCUGUGAGAAUCAGCUUGCGUGCUGCAGGGUUUUCCUAAGGGCGCUGACAAGCUGUAACAGAUCCGCCAGCCAGUGAUUCCAGAUUUGCUUGUUCUGUAAGCUCGCGUAACGAGUGAUGACGCAUUGACUUAUUUCACAGCUCUAAACAAGCUUCGCUGCCCCUACAAGAGAAUCAUGGGUGCUGCGGACAGCAAAGAAGCACCAGCGGGCGCUGUGCCUGGAGUGGUGACCGUCGCAAGCAGGCAGGGGGCAGCAACGACACUCGACCCAAACUUAGCGAAGCUUCUUUCGCUGAAAGCGGGUGUCCCACUACUCAGCAAAGCGCCUUCCGACAACAACCUGAAAGACGUUUUGUUGCGGCGCACUGGCACUCCGAGCACAAGUCCAGGAACCCUUCUCGACACCAGCACCACCCUUCAACUCUUCUCCAAAUACGAGGCCUGGGCAAAUGGCGCAGCGGCGCACAUUGCAAGCAACCAGGAGGACAUCCACAACAGCAUCGACGUGGUGGAAGAACUGGCGCUCAAGCUGCUGCAACGACUGCACCACGCGGCGCAGGUCAUGAAGCAAAGCGCGGAGCACCUGCACCAAGCCCGGUCGUUGAAGGACGACGUUGACGAAGUGAAGCAGCAAAUGUCCGCAGUAUUGGCAAGUUACGAGGCGCUAUGCGGCCGCUUGGAGGGGAUCCAAGAAGAAAGGGAACGGGAAACCCGGGCAGCGAGCGACGGACAAGUCACUUGAGUCUCGAUAUUGUGCGAGGGCAAAGGUCUUUAUAAAGUAGCUUUUACUUGCAAGGGUGCCUCUAGAUUGUGGUCUGCAUGCAUGUGUCAGGGCCUGCAGCUUGAGCUUUCUCGACAGCUUGUUGAAGUCAUGACGACAGCAUAUGAGUACUCGAGAUCCGACUCCUGUGCAUACUAGCUAUAAGCCCACGUUUGAGAAGUCAUGUGCAAUCUGCAUGCAGCCCUUGACAACCACGUGCACUGAGCCUUAAUAGUUGAAAAUGUAAAACCAGGAUGGUAGCAUAGCUACCAAUGCAGGACGCUGGCCACUGGGUAAGCGGGCUCGUAUGGAUAGAGGUCGUACGGGGGUGAUAUGUGUGGAUUUUGCAAUCGGACGGUAAUCGGAC